ACAGUUGUUCGCGUUAGAGGUGCAGAUGUCUCCUUAAUACCGGAGGGGAUUUAUAAAACACUCGUGCAAGCCCGCGGGGAGGAGGAGCAACACGUUGAGUAAUUUAUCCUGCGUGACAUUAUUAAGUGACAUCAGUGUUUAUUUCCGCCAGAAUUAUUUUAACCGGCCCUGCAACUUUACUAUGGGCUUUGGUGUGGUCACUGCGUUAUUUAACCCAGUCGCUCGGUCUCCCACGCCAGACGGCAGAGGAGCACUAAAAGUUUCUGCGUUGUUAGGGGCAACUGCGCCGCCCGCCAAUCACAGCGGGCCGAGCGGGUCACCUGACCACAGCCGGCGCGCUCAUCGGCGCUUCCAACAUGGCGAGCGAACGCCGCUGUUGAGAAUAGUUUUUUUUUUUUUGUGUUAGUUUCUUAAUCUAUAAAGUUAUUACAGACGCGCUGCGCGAGCACGAGAGGACGCGGAGCACGUCGCGUAACACGGAUGGCCGUCGCAAACGCGCGUACCGAAGACGCUGUUCCCGGCGGUCGGGAGGAAGAGGAGGAGGAGGAGGAGGAAGAAGACGGCGGGUCCUCCUCGCCGAGUUACUGCUCCGAUGACCUGGAACCAGAAUGGCUUGACGACAUCCAGAAGAAUGGGGAGCUUUUCUACCUGGAGCUGAGUGAUGGCGAAGAGGAGGCCGCACUGGCCCAAGCCGCCGGCCAAGGCGUGUCCACCAAUCACGUUCGCUUUAGCGAGGAGACGGCCGAGGUCAUCACGGAGCAGAACAACAGCAAGAAGAAGAAGAAGAAGAAGAAGAAUCCGCAGCCAUGCGGCUCGCAAGGGAACGGCGAGCCCACUCUCAAGAGGUUAGCCAGGAUCCUGAGGAGAAAACGCCGGCCAUCUCCGCAACGAGAAGGCGGAGGCAGAGAUGGAGAUGGAAAGGAUGGGGGCAAAGACGCCUCCACUUCAUCACCCCCAGCCUCCAUCCUUAAGAACCAGCCCGGUCAAAGGCCGGGCGUGACGGUUCCUCAGCAGCAGCAGCAGCUAAAGGAGGUGUGCGUCUACCUGAACCCGAAACGCCUCGGAGGUCCAUCCACCCCUCUGUCUCAGGGUGGGGGGCUGCUGGAGGCGCUGCUGGGGGUGGUGCACCGCGCCUCGUGGAGCAGAAGCCGAGAGGAAAGACUCACCGUUUGUGGAUUCGUACCCAACGGCCCGGCCGCCAAGUGUGGCCAAAUUCUGAUAGGUGACGUGCUCGUGGCAGUGGACGAUGUGGACGUGACCUCUGAGAACAUCGAGAGGGUUCUGUCCUGCAUCCCGGGACCGACGCAGGUGAGGCUGACGUUGGAGACGGCGCCUCAGGUCGGCGACGCUUCACCGGGCCGCAGGACGAAGGCGUCCUCUCCCCCGGUCAGCCAGCUGGUGCGUCUGCUGUGGGGAGAGGACACGGCGGAGCUUCAGAUGUCCAUCGGACACGUCCCGCACAUUGCCAUGUUCCUCUCUCUCAAACUGGACUCGGCAUCGCCGCAGGAAGAGGAGGAGAUCUUGUACCAGUACCCGGCCUCCGAGGCGUCCGGACAGCUGAAAGGGGUGAGGGGCAUCUUCCUCACGCUGUGUGACAUGCUGGAGAACGUCACCGGGGGGCGGAUCCUCAGUUCUUCUCUCCUUCUCGGGAAGCGGCUGGUUCACGUGGGCUACUGGAAGGAGGGCGGCUACCUGUUGGUCAUCGGCCUCCCCGCGGACAGGGUUCCACUGCUGUACUUGCAGACGGUGGUGGGAGACGUAGUGCGCACACUGAAAGUGAUGUACGGCUCCUUGGACAAGGCGUUCCGUGACGAGGACCACGCUCCCAGGUUGGACCACUUUUUCUGCCUGUUCUUCCAGCAGCUCAUCCAGCCGCUCCGCUUGAGGGACGGCGCCUCAGCGACCGCCGCCGAUGUCUCGGGGACCCUUUUCCUCGACGGGCUGCCAGCGGUCCGAUGGCUCACGCUGCCUCCGGAAAUCAAGAUGGAAGUGGAGACUGUGCUUUCUGAUUUUGAGUCUUCUGAUUUUGGUGAAAUGUCUGAGGACUUUUUUGGCCUGAGGCGACUGUACCUGAUUCUCGGCUCCUGUUUGUUCUACAAGUCCUACCUGAUAGCCAACCAUCUGCCCAAAGAGGACCUGCUGGACGUGUGCCUGUACUGCCAGCACUACUGCCUGCUGCCGCUGGCCUCUGAGCAGCGGGUGGGUCAGCUGGUCAUCUGGAGGGAGGUGUUCCCCCAGCAGAGAGCCAACAGCAGCAGCACAACGCCCGGCUACAGCCUGCCUGAAGGACGUCACUUCCUCCUCAUCGUUGGAUUGAGGCACUUCAUGCAGUGUGUGCUGUUGGAGGCAGGUGGCUGUGCUUCACCAGCUCUGGGCUCUACAGGACCUGAUUGUGUUUACGUGGAUCAGGUGAAGGCCACACUGCUGCAGCUGGAGGUGUUGGAAGCGGGCAUUGAGGAGCGUCUCAACGCUCCGCCUACCCCCUGCCUGUCCUGUGCCGACUGGUUCCUCCCUGCUGCCUCCUCCGCCUCCCCCGUCUUCAGCAAGCUAGCGGGGGCUGUUAAAGGCUCCUCGUCCUCCAGGUCCAGAGGCCGUAGCCUGUUUGGGGAGAAGGCCCGGAGGUCCAGCCCGCAGAGGAGCCUGGCUGACAGCGGGAGCGAUGGACAGACGGACGCCGGGUCGGGAUCGUUUUCGUCGACUGCUCCGGGCCUCAGUCCGCAUUCCACCCCGGACUCGGCGAGGAAGCUGGGGGGGCGCCGGGACUCGUUGGGAUCCGGGGGGUCCGAUGGGAGUGGAGGCAGCGGAGGCCUCUUUAAGAUCCCCCGAAUGAAGCACCCAAACCCGUUCUACCUGGGCACCCUGAAGAAGACCCUGACUGAGAGGGAGGCGGAGGAGAUGUACAACACCACAAAAUUGACCUCGGGCGCAGAGAACACCUUGUUCCAUUACGUCUUGAUGGAAACCGUUCAGGGGAUCUUCAUCGCUCCGACCCACAGGGAGGUGGCUCAGCUCAGCGGCUCCAUCCACCCACAGCUCAUCCGUAACUUCCACCACUGCUGCCUCUCCAUACGGGCUGCAUUCCAGCAGAGCCUGCCUGCCAAGGGCCGGCGGCCUGUAGACCGGCCUCGGGGCGGGGGGUGGGGUCUGGGUCCCGUGAAGGAACAGGGGGUCCUGUUUCAGUGUAAACCCGAAAACUGGACCGACCAGAGGAAGCCCGCUCCCACCAUGACUUACUGGGUCAUAGGGCGGAUGCUGCUGGAGCCCGUCCCUCAGGAGUUCUACGUGUGUUUUCAUGACUCGGUGGCAGAAGUUCCUGUGGAGAUGGCCUUCAGACUCUCUUUUGGCCUGGCCUUGUGACCUCAACAUCCAAGACUCUCCGACUCCCCAACAUUUCCUGUUACACCUGUACACCGAAGGCCCGUCUUGGAAAGAACCCUGAUCACAGCAGAGUUUGACCACUGGUGACCAAAGAGGCUUUGAGUCGAGGAAAAGCCUCUUCUGCUGAGAGCAAGUUAGCGGCUGUAAACUUUACCAUGCUCAACCAAUUAACUGGUUGAUAACUAAGCUGUUGCACGAGUCUCUGUGGAAACGGGACGAUUAAGGUUUGUUUGCUGUGUUGGAAAGCCUUUCCAGUUGUUAAUUUAACAUGUACAGUUUGUAUGGAGUCAUUUCUCGAAGAAGAUUAAAGAAUGAAUUCGG